AUGUCUUCACAACUUCACCAAAACAACCUCAAUAAUCACUGCAGAGUGUGCUCUAAAGCAUUGGGGAAGACCAAAUACAAGUGCAUCAAAUAUGUAUCAUUACUUGAGCAAUACUUGAGUGUUGAUUUGACAAAUGACACCACAGCGGUGCAUCCCGAACACUUCUGCAACAGCUGCUACCUGACAGCAAAGAAGAUCUCACAGGAUGCUGAGCGGUUUCAACAGAAGAAUAUUCCUGUAAAAUGGUCACCACAUAGUGAGGAAUCAUGUGAAGUCUGUGAUGUUUUGAACAAAGGUGGACGACCAAAGCAGAGGUAUUUCAGUGGGCGGCCAACUCUCAUCUGUCAGCACAUUCGAACAGUAGGAUAUCGGAUUCUUCAGUUUUCUCUUGCUCAGCUAGUAGAUGAGCAGCACAAGGCUGAUAAUACUUGUAAGUUAUGUAGCUGUGCUGCAAACAAACCACUGGAAACCAUUCCAUGA